UGGAUCAAUUCAAUUGAAAUUUACUAAAACCUAUCUCUCAUUGCAAUGUCUAGACUAUAGACAAUAAACAUCACUCAACAUAUAAAUAUAUGUUACGAUAUAUUUGUGAUACACAUUAUACUGUAUAACCAGUCGGGCAUAACAGCAACACGGCUUAUACUUUAAAGUGGACACACCCUUAAAAAAUUAUUGUCUAUUUUUGCGACUAAUUUAUCUGAUUUUAUACCCGACUGUCCUCAUCAUAAAUAACAAACAGCAAAAAACACGCAUACAAUGGCUGAAUGGCAUAACCACUCGGGAGGUCACGUACCGGAAAAUGCCGUUCACGGCGGCGACGAUGUCAACGAUGAAGAUCUGUAUGUGGGUCGGGUUUGGGAAAACGGGGACUUAAUUCCCGGCAAAAUAGUACCGUCGCAUGGCGUGUGUUAUGUGGCCUACGGCGGCAACGAGUUGGCCCACCAAAGCUACGAAGUGCUCGUACAUCACGGAAAAUGGAAAUGGAAAGAUGCAGAGGACGGUAAGGUACCGAAACGAGCCAUACAGGGUGGACAUACAUCCAGCGGUGAGCCCCUGUACAUUGGUCGGUCCAAGUAUUCGGGCAGCAAAGUCAUCGGUAAAGUACAUCCGAGCCAUAAGGUUUUGUAUGUACCGUUUGGCGGCAAAGAGGUGUCCAUCGAUGAGUAUGAGGUGUUGUGCGAGAAAAAACCGAAAUAAUUGGACAGUUAUUCAUCCAAAUAAAUUGCUGGCAGAUAUUUUUUUUUUAAAAAUUCAAUUAAUUAAAUUAUAACUAAAAAUUAAUGUAUAAUUGAUAGACAUAUUUCUAAGAUAAGAUAAAAAUAUGACUUAUAUAUACAGUA